AUAUAUGUUCCUGAACCAGUUGGAGAUGGACCUGUGAAUUACACAGUCUCAUCUCUCACUGCUGGAACUGAAUACACAUUCACACUGUUGUCCGUGUUUAAGAGCGCCAGAAGCAGUGGAGUCAACAUCACUACAGUCACUGCUCCUCCAAACACAGACAGGUUCAUAUCAACAGGACAAAAUGAGACCAGCAUCACUCUGCAGUGGAAUAAAGUGAACAACAGUGUCAGCUUCAUUCUGCUGUUUAAUGGGACAGAGACAAACAUCAGUGCACCAGCUGGAGAUGGACCAAUAAGUCACACAGUCUCAUCUCUCUCUCCUGCGACUAACUACAUAUUCACUCUGUUCUCUGUGUUUGAGAACAUCAGAAGCAGUGGAGUCAACAUUACUGCAGUCACUGCUCCUCCAAACACAGACAGCUUCAGAUCAACAGGACAAACAGAGACCAGCAUCACUCUGCAGUGGAAUAAAGUGAACAACGAUGUGAGCUUCAUUGUGCUGUUUAAUGGGACAGAGACAAACAUCAGUGCACCAGCUGGAGAUGGACCAGUAACUCAUAUAGUCUCAUCUCUCACUGCUGGAACUGAAUACACGUUCACUCUGUUCUCUGUGUUUGAGAACGUCAGAAGCAGUGGAGUCUCCAUUACUGCAGUUCCUUAUCCUCCAAACACAGACAGCUUCAGAUCAACAGGACAAAAUGAGACCAGCAUCACUCUGCAGUGGAAUAAAGUGAACAACAACGUCAGCUUCAUUCUGCAGUUUAAUGGGACAGAGACAAACUUCAGUCCACCAGCUGGAGAUGGACCAAUAAGUCAUACAGUCUCAUCUCUCUCUCCUGCGACUAAAUACAUAUUCACUCUGUUCUCUGUGUUUGAGAACGUCGGAAGCAGUGGAGUCACCAUUACUGCAGUCACUGGAGCAGUGGUCAGCAUUUCUUCUGCCCAAACUCGUCACUAUGUCUUUGUGGAAACGCCACAGAACUGGACGAAUGCUCAGAGUAUCUGCAGACGUGACUACACUGAUCUGGCCACCAUAGAAAACACAGCUGACGUUGAUGACGUUACGAACACCACAUCAAAUUACACAGGCAAAGCUUGGAUAGGUCUCUAUGAUGACUUGGAAAACAGUUGGAGAUGGUCCCUAAAUGACAGCAGCUUCUAUGGUGCAGGACAGGAAACCUAUAGAAACUGGGAUUCCUCUCAACCUAGUAAUCGCGGAGGACAACAGUACUGUGUGGAGCUUUUUAGUGCAAGUCCACAGUUUGGCACAUGGGGCGACGUUAACUGCAAUGAGAUACAUCGGUUUGUCUGCUACAGCGGUACAGUGAAUGGCACAGCAUCUUUUGUUCGGGUUGAUAUACCUUUAAACUGGACUGAUGCUCAGAGAUUCUGCAGGGAGAAUUAUGUCGAUCUAGCCAGCAUUCGAAAUUCCACAGAAAACUUCAUUGUCAGAAACAUAGCAGGGGGACAUGUUGUGUGGAUCGGUCUGUAUCGCCAAAAAUUGUGGUCUGAUGGGAGCAACUCUCUGUUUCGACACUGGGCUGUUGGGCAACCAGAUUCUGAUGGAGAGCAGUGUGUCGCUGCACAAUUCAACAACUCAGGACGCUGGUCAGAUGAAGACUGCUCCCGCAGUUUACCGUUCGUCUGUUUCAAAACAGCUCCUCCAAACACAGACAGCUUCAGAUCAACAGGACAAGAUGAGACCAGCAUCACUCUGCAGUGGAAUAAAGUGAACAACAACGUCAGCUUCAUUCUCCAGUUUAAUGGGGGAGAGAGAAGCAUCAGUCCACCAUCUGGAGGUGGACCAAUAAAUCACACAGUCUCAUUGCUCCUUUCUGGAACUGAAUACACAUUCACUCUGUUCUCUGUGUUUGAGAACGUCAGAAGCAGUGGAGUCAGCAUUACUGCAUUUACCAGAGGACGGACUCGUCACUAUGUCUUUGUGGAAACGCCACAGAACUGGACGAAUGCUCAGAGUAUCUGCAGACGUGACUACACUGAUCUGGCCACCAUAGAAAACACAGCUGACGUUGAUGACGUUACGAACACCGCAUCAAAUUAUACAGGCAAAGCUUGGAUAGGUCUCUACAUUACCAGUUGGAGAUGGUCCCUAAAUGACAGCAGCUUCUAUGGUGCAGGAGAGGAAACCUAUAGAAACUGGUAUUACAAUCGGUCCUAUGGUUUUAGUGGACAACAGGAAUGUGUAGCUAUGCUCAGUGGAAUCCCAUACAAUGGCACAUGGUAUAUGAACUUUGGCUGCGACACAACACUGAACUUUGUUUGCUACAGAGGUACAGUGAAUGGCACAGCAUCCUUUGUUCGGGUUGAUAUACCUUUAAGCUGGACUGAUGCUCAGAGAUUCUGCAGGGAGAAUUAUGUUGAUCUAGCCAGCAUUCGAAAUUCCACAGAAAAUCUCAUUGUCAGAAACAUAGCAGGGGGAAAUUUUGUGUGGAUCGGUUUGUAUCGCCAACAGUUGUGGUCUGAUGGGAGCAACUCUCUGUUUCGACACUGGGCUGUCGGGCAACCAGAUUCUACCAUCAAGCAGUGUGGCGCUGCACAAUUCAACAACUCAGGACGCUGGUCACAUGAAGACUGCUCCCGCAGUUUACCGUUCGUCUGUUUCAACACAUUUCCACCCAAUGCGGAAGGCUUCAGGACCACAGGACAAGACGAGACCAGCAUCACUCUACAGUGGAAUAAAGUGAACAACAAAGUCAGCUUCAUUCUGCAGUUUAAUGGGACAGAGACAAACAUCAGUGCACCAGCUGGAGAUGGACCAAUAAAUCACACAAUCUCAUCUCUCACUGCUGGAACUGAAUACGCAUUCACUCUGUUCUCUGUGUUUGAGAACAUCAGAAGCAGUGGAGUCAACAUUACUGCAGUCACUGCUCCUCAAAAUGCAGAAGGCUUCAAAUUUUCAAGCCGAAAUGAGACCAGCGUCACCCUGCAGUGGAAUAAAGUGAACAACAAUGUCAGCUUCAUUCUGCUAUUUAAUGGGACAGAGACAAACUUCAAUGCACCAGCUGGAGAUGGACCAAUAAAUCACACAGUCUCAUCUCUCACUAUUGGAACUAAAUACACAUUCACUCUGUUCUCUGUGUUUGAGAACAUCAGAAGCAGUGGAGUCACCAUUACUGCAGUCGCUGCUACUUUUUAG